AUCCAAAGUUACUAUUAAGAAAGAAAAAGUCAUUAAGAAAAGUGUAAAAAAAUUAUGGACAGCUCCACCUAAAUAUGAAAUAAAAUCACCAAAGCCUAGUAAAACAUCAAUAGUAUCAGUAAAAGACAAGAAAGAAGUUGUUAUUAAACCUCAACCACUACCAGUUACAUUACCUGACAUAGUUGAUAUAGUUGACAUAGUUGACAAAGUUGACUUAACUCCCCUUCCUACCCCUCCCAGUCCACCUACCCCAAUUAUACAAGAUGAUAUUAGUGUAAUUAGUGAUGAACUAACAGAUCUCAGCACAAGAUCUCCAGCAGAGUAUGAUGGAGGAGAUGAAGAAAAUAUUGCGAGUAAAAAACCUCGAUCACCGUUAAAAAAGAAAGACAGGGUCUUAAGAAACAGAAAUGAUGGAAAUGUUGACGGUUUACCUAAAGCACCGGAGACAGUUAGGACUAAACAAUCUUCGUGGAUUUAUGGAGAAGAUGAAGUAGUAGGCAUGGUUAGUAAUCUGGGUAUUACACCUGUAAAAUUAGAUGCUGCUGGUUUACCACAAGCACCAGAUAUACCAGAUGUUCCAGAUGUUCCAGAUGAUAAAAAGAAACCAUUGAAAUCUAUGGUUGUAAAUAAACACUUGAUGCCAGUUGAGAAUAAGUCGGCACGAUGGGGAAUGAAAAAAAUAGACAGUUCAUACGGAGAUGAACAAAGAAAAGCCGAAUUAGCUGAGAGACGACGCAAACGACAAAUGGAAAUGUAUGAAAAAUUAAAAUUACGGAAAUCAACCAAAGGAAUUACUGAUGAAGACGAUAAAGAUGGUGCUUCAUUUGAUGACUAUGAUUUUCUAGCCAAGUAUUGUAUAUUUGAUAAAAUAAACAGAAAUAUUAUUCAACAUGUUUUUGAUACUGUAGAUGAAAAGAAGUGUGGUUGGUUAGAUUGUACAGAAACAAUGGUAGCAUUACGUAGUAUUAACAAUAAACUAACAUAUACUGAGGAAGAAUAUCUUUAUAGGGUAAUAGAAAUGACUGGUUAUAAAGUUACACAUGGUGCGGAUUUUAAACUAUUCUCUAUAUUAGCAGCUUUAUCUACUAAAAUAUCUUCAUUAGAUUCAUGGAUGAAGAAUAUUUUAGGAAACAUGGAUUUUAAAACUUUAGAAAUGAAAUUGUUUAUGUGUAAGACAUUAUGGGAGUGCAAUGUCGAUAAAGAAACUACUACUAUACCUCUAGAACAACUUAUGAUAGAGUUGCGAGCUGGUGGGGUUAGUUUUGAACAUGAAUGUCAAGUACGACAGAAAUUAAGUCAUCUAAAAGAGUUAGACCUGUGUGAUUUUCUUACUUAUGUUCCACUGUUUAUAAUGAUUCAUGAAUCUGUUGUUUCUAAUCCAUUAGAUGAUUCCAGACAAAAAUAAAUUAUUUGAAUUGUAAUAAAUUAAAAAAUUUGUGUAGUACUACCUUUUUUUUCCAGCGAUUCAAACGAUAAGCAUCGUUAACAAUGAAAAUAGUUAAAUUUUAUUUCAUAGAUUAAGGAGUUAAAUAAUGAAGAUCCAUUAUCAUAGACCAGUCCCUAAUAUUCUUCUUAAAAAAUUUCGGCCCACGUAAUCUGACAUUCUUGUUUGAGAUGUUUGAUAGAAAUAAAUAUCUUGUAUGAGAGGUUUGAUAGAAAUAAAUCUAAAACUGGUAUUUAUUUUCUUUUUUUAAAAUUUUAAAUCUAAUCACUGAUGCUGGACUAUUGGAAAAUGAGUCAUAUGACUCUGAAAAAUACAAACACUUUACAUAAAACAUCCGGAAUACCAAUAGUCCAGAUUCCGACACCAAAUAUAAGAGGGAAAAUUAAAUGAAUAUCUCUCGAGAACCCACAGUAUUUUAUUAUACAGUAUAUGAUGUUGUUAUUAUUGUUAAAAUGUAUCUAUUUUUAUUAUCAUAUUGAUUUAAUAAUGGUUCUAUAGUAUACAUGUAUAUCUAAAUAAGAAAUGAAAUAAACAUUCUGUGGUUUGUAAUAUGUCAGAUUGUUUUCCAGUUGUAUGUUUUAAUUCAGAAAUUUUCAAUUGAUAACUUAAAUGUACCUGUAGUUAUGUUAAUGUACAAUUUUCCAACUUACAAUCAGUUUAAAUACUGAAAUGUCACUUAAAUCUAUAGUUUAAACUGUUCAUUUAUUGUACCGGUUCAUAUGAAUUAUAAAUACCUGUAGACUGAAACACAAUCAAAAUGCAUCAUUGAUUUGACUGGAAGUGCUGAUGAGAUGUAAUGCAACUGAAAUAACAUUACAGCGAAACGUGAGCACAAGGAGUGAAAAUCAGUAAGGUGGUUUGUCUCUAGCAAUGGAGGAGAUAAUAAUAUAAACCUUUAAUGAACGACUGAUUGUUACUAUAUGUUAGAUCCUUCCUCACUCUAGUGACUACAAGAUUAAACUGUAAGUGAGAUUUGCUAUCCUCCAUUUUUAACAGUGAUGCAUUUUCAUUGUGUUGCAGUAAAUCAGCCCAUCAACCCAAAGGUAUUAAAUCAUUACUUCUUAGCCCAUCUAUUCUACUUCUACGCCAUAACUGCUUGAAGGAUUUCAACAAAAUUUAAUAGGUAAUUGUCGCCAGCAUAAUGUUUAUUCGAAUUGUUUUUCAAUGAAGUUGCUGGGCCAGGACAAUUGUUAAAAUGAAGUUGGUCUUUCAUGGUUUCAUCAGGGAAAUAUGGUCUGAUGAUAUUGGUAUUGAUAUUCACACGUGGAUGAUUAAGGCCCUAGGGCCUGCUGUAAUUAUAUUAAAUAUCUGUGAUAUAUAGAUUGUAUAUAUUUUUAUAUUUGAUCAAUAAAAUGUUAUAGUUUA